CUUGCAAGUUGGAUGCACGGACUCAGCUAGACUCAGCUGAUCCCAGUAGCAGAUCUGCUUUUUGUCGAAAACUCUGGUGGUAUUUACAGAUGCCUUCGCUCUCUCUCCUGUCAGCUGGAUCAAACGCCCGAGGUCAGCUCGCCACGGGAAACGACGAGGACGCACAUCUCUUUGCUCCGUGUAUCUUCGCUGGUCAUUCCCCAGGAAUACUCCCUCUUGGGACGCGUGCAGUUACUCAGAUCGCAUGUGGCUCCAACCAUACGCUUGUACUUCUCUCUACGUCGCAGGGUUCUCAGGUAUGGGGCAGUGGUGAUGGACGCAAGGGACAGCUCGGACCCUCACACCUUGCAGACUCGGGGCCGGCAUCCACUUCGCACUUUAGGCGGUUGGACUUCGGACUGCACUCGCGCGGGAGAUAUCUGGAAGGAUAUAGCCCACGCUUGAUAGCUUCGGGGUGGGAAACAUCGUACGUGGUACUGUCGUGCGCUGGUCGGGACGAUGUGCUCAUUUCGAUGGGUGCUGACGACUACGGGAACCUCGGAGUGGGAGGAGUGAAAGAGAAGACUGUAGGAAGGGAUCCCAUUCAUGUCGUCGACCUGCAGCUUCUCUUUGAUACAGAACUCGGCAAUGUAGACCGCACGUUCACUAUUCGGUCUCUGGCCACUGGUCCACAUCAUAUCGUCAUUCAAGUUAACUUGGCACUCAAGAAUGGGACUUCCACUCAGUAUCUGGUCGGAUGGGGCGCAGCGAGACAUGGCCAAGUAGGAUAUGCGACAGGUAGCUCUCAAAAGUUGCCUUUGUUCUACACAUCCCCUCGUAUCAUCGCUCUCGGCCUCGAUGAUGUGCAAGGACUGGGAUCCAUUCAGUCGAUUGCUGCUGGUAACCAACAUUCAGUAUUCCUGCAUAGCUCAGGGAGAUUGUCCGCGCUAGGUUCGAACCGCAAGGCUCAGCUGCGUGGCCUGGGAACGCUGAAGGAUGUGAUCAGCGUAGGUUGCACAUGGCACGGCACGUAUGCGACCGUGCGCAAUACCUCUGGCUAUCUCAUCAUGGCUACGGGUAGCCACUCCAGGGGACAGCUCGGUCGAGGAGUUGUUCGUGAUGCAGUCUCACUUGGUUCAGUGGACUUUCCUUUCCCACCGAGUUCGCACCGGCUUGUCAAGGUCGCUUGUGGGAGCGAGCAUGUCUUGUCUCUGUUCGAGUUGAUUGGAAUGGAGGACUUUGCGCCAUCGUCCGGUGAUUUGAUAUCGCAGGACAGCGAAACACGAGCGCCGCGGAUGGAGGUAUGGGGAUGGGGAUGGAACGAGCAUGGGAACCUCGGCAUGGGUUCCACUACGGACGUCGACGUUCCAGUGCUUAUAUGGCCGCCUGCAGAUCCGAGUGAAUACGGUGGAAGGGCCGUAGACAUCUGGUGUGGAAACGGGACCAGUUGGAUCGUAAUCGAACAACGAAAAUGA